CGUCCUGGCUCAGCUUAUAAGAACAUCGAGUCUAGCUGAUUUAGUUUCAAUGAUUUUGUGGUGAUGAUACCGAACUCAUCGGGUGAACACAGUCUAAGAAACUGAAGUAGAGUAUGGAAAAUGGUAAAAAGAGCCAGCUGGAGUGCGCCCUCUGUUGCGGAAGAUUUCACCAACCCAAGCUGCUGGAUUGUCUCCACAGCUUAUGCGCAGACUGUCUCAAGAAACACAAGACGUCCAGCUCUCCCCGGCUGAAGCCCGCCAGCAGUCAGGCCCAGCAGGUGCCUCGGAUCGUCUGCCCAGUCUGCCGGCAGGAGACGGAGCUCCCGACCGGCGUGGACGGUCUCAAGACCAACGUCUACCUGAUCGGACUGAUCGACGAGAUCGUCAUGCAGGAACAGGUGGCGCACUGCGGUGACACCAAGCUGACUUGCGGGUCAUGCGAAGACACCGGCAAUACAGCCGUCUCCCGGUGCAUGGACUGCGCGCUGUACCUCUGCGCCGGCUGCGAGAAAGUCCACACACGCUUCGCCGCCCUGUCCAGCCACACGAUCGCCACCUUGGAUGAGAUCAAGCACGGGGUGGUAGAAGUCAGCAAGGCCCGGCUGGAUAUCGCACCCAAGUGCCGUCGUCACUACGGGGAAACACUGGCCUUCCUCUGCGAGACUUGCCAGGAGCUCAUCUGCCACGACUGCACCCUGGUCGACCACAGCCAAGCCCGCAAGCACACGUUCGUGGACAUCAAUACCGCUUUCGCCGACCGCAAACAGUCGCUGGGGGAGUUGUUUCCCGCACUGCACUACACGGUGUUGGUCAUGGAAGAGUCGGUGGAAAACGCAAGCGAGAUGAACGCCGGCUUGCUGGCGUCCAGCGAGGAAGCUGUCAAAGAUAUCAACAGGAGGGCAGCAGAGAUGAGAGCCAUGGUAACCGCCGAGGAGACCCGGAUGAUCGAGAACGUCCAGAGGAUCAAAACCGACCGGGCGGCAAAGUUCCAGGAGUACGCGAGCAAGGUCAACGAGAAGAAAGAACGGAUACAACACUCACUGACGACGGCCCGGAAUCUCUCCAGCACGGCAUCUAAGACCGACUUCCUCUCGCUUCACUCCACCAUCAGCAAGGAGCUGAAGCAGUUGAGCAACCAGAAGACGCAGAAGAUCGAUCCCCGGCUGGGCUUCUUGAGGUUCGCUGGCAGCAACGAGAUCGACGGCCGCGUCAACCUGGGCAACCUGGUGAUGGAAGGAAAGUGGGAGAUAUACCGGCAAUUCGGGAAGGAAGGAAACGGCGAGGGGGAAUUCAGCUGCGCCCGGGGGAUUGCUGCUCUACCUUCUGGAGACAUCGCGGUGGCUGAUCAGUGGAACAAGCGAGUGGUCAUCUGCUGUACGGACGGGACGCUGAAACAAACUAUUCCAACUGAAGACUACCCGUUUGAUGUAGCAACCUUCAACCACCAACUGAUAGUCAUUGACACCACAAACUACGUCAAAGUCUUCAGCACCGACAAGACGUUGUUGUUUGACUUCCCCACCGUGCCGGCUGCCGAGGUGGGCAAGACUCGCGUCAACCUUGCCAGCAUCGUGGUCAAGAGAGACGGCACCAUCGUGGUGGGCGACAUCUACAGGAAGGUGUUAACGGAGCACCGGCCGGCUGACGGCUCGCUCAUACGCACCGUGCCGGUGAACACACCGCCCCACUACCUGGCAAUCGACAACGCCACCGGGAGGCUGCUGGUCAGCGGCGCCGACGGACGCGUGCUGGACGCGGUCGACGUCGACGCGGGAGUGACGCUCUUCAGCCUGAAGCCGCGCAUGGCCAACGAACGAGUAGAGUACUGCACCGGCGUGUGCUGUUACAGCUCGGGGAUCUUCCUGGCCAUGCACAACGGCAGCGAUACUGGGCACAUCCACCACUACGACGCCCAGGGAAAGUUCCGCGGCUGUAUAGCUCGGGAUCUCCACUACCCGAUGAACAUCAAGGUUUGUGCUGGCCAGCAGCAGCUGGCCGUAGCCGACUGGACGUCUGUCAAGAUUUUCCAGUUGGAACACAUCUAGAAAACUCUUU